UCUGUCUUUUAGAGUUACAGCUGGUGGCAAGCAGCUGGACAGCACCGGUGCAGCAGAAGGAAUCCUGGGAGAGCAUGAGCUCCAAGCCGAGGCCCAUAGAAAUUAUCGGAGCACCUUUCUCCAAGGGGCAGCCUCGAGGAGGGGUCGAAAAAGGCCCUGCGGCAUUGAGGAACGCUGGUCUGGUGGAGAAGCUUAAAGAGACAGAGUAUGAUGUCAAAGACUAUGGGGACCUGGCCUUUGGUGAUGUCCCUAACGACAGCCCCUUUCAAAUUGUGAAGAACCCAAGAUCUGUGGGAAAAGCCAACGAGCAGCUGGCUGGUGUGGUGGCAGAGGCCCAGAAGAAUGGAAGAGUCAGUGUGGUGUUGGGUGGAGACCACAGUAUGGCAGUUGGAAGCAUCUCUGGCCAUGCCAGGGUCCACCCUGACCUAUGUGUCAUUUGGGUGGAUGCUCACACCGAUAUCAACACUCCGCUGACAACCAGCUCUGGGAAUUUGCAUGGACAACCUGUGUCCUUCCUCCUGAAGGAACUAAAGGGAAAGUUCCCUGACGUACCAGGAUUCUCAUGGGUGACUCCCUGUAUAUCUGCCAAGGAUAUCGUGUACAUCGGCUUGCGAGAUGUAGACCCCGGGGAACACUAUAUUAUAAAAACUCUGGGAAUUAAGUAUUUCUCAAUGACUGAAGUGGAUAAACUGGGAAUUGGCAAGGUGAUGGAAGAGACAUUCAGCUAUCUUCUGGGAAGAAAGAAAAGGCCCAUUCACCUGAGUUUUGAUGUUGAUGGACUGGACCCGGCGUUCACACCGUCUACUGGCACACCUGUCGUGGGAGGCCUAUCCUAUAGAGAAGGUAUCUACAUCACAGAAGAAAUUUACAAGACAGGACUCCUCUCAGGACUAGAUAUCAUGGAAGUCAACCCAACUCUGGGGAAGUCACCAGAAGACGUGACUCGUACAGUGAACACGGCAGUAGCAUUGACCUUGUCUUGCUUUGGGACUGCUCGGGAGGGUAAUCAUAAACCAGGGAUUGACUACCUUAACCCACCUAAGUAAAUGUGGGCACAUCACAUGAAAAUCAGCUGAUCCAGGAUAGCAAAUAGAAUAAACCUAAGCAACAGUUCUCCUAAGAGUUCAUUCUUUCGGGACUUUUUCUCCCAGUGAGUAUUCCACCACUUCCUUUAUGGUAUGAAACUCAGGAUGUGGAAAUUCGAACAACAAUGAAAUUAGGACAUAUGUAUUCCUAAUUUUAGCAUAAGUUAUCUUUAAAAAGCAGUAUAAAUUGAUUUCCAAUUAAAAAUGCUCCAUCAUUUAAAAUGCACAUCCCUGUAAGUGCCAACUCACUAGUAUGAUAGAGACAAAGGUGUCCAAAGGGAGGGAGCUGUGUCCACAUUGUUCAAAAGAUGUGAUUUUUUUUUGUAAUAAACUCAUUAUAAAAUUC